GUGGCUGCCAGUUGCAGUUAGCACAACCGUCGGCACUACGAAAACGUCGACAAAACCAAUUAACCAAUGCUUCGUUAUUCUUUGUUCGCUCGGAUAAUUUUCAAUGACGUGAACGUUUGUGACUUUUUGUUAUUUCAUUUACAUCUCCAUCUAUGUACACAUCUCUUUUUAAAUACAUUUCGCAAUCAUAAAAAUUUUUUUUUGCUAUCAAACAAAACCCCUUUUUUUUCUUUCCUUUUUUCUAAUACCUUUAAAAUAUUACACAAACCAACAAACGCAAUUUAUAGUGCAGUGUUAAAUUAUAUUCAGCUAUGACGACAUUAUGAAUAAAAUAAUUUCAUUAAUAAUUAUUUUUACAUCCAUUAAUUACAUCGCUGCCACCGAAAAUAAUAAAUUUCACGUGAUAAAUCAUGGCUGCAUCAUUCCUAAAAUUUUAUCGCCGGAUUUACGCUCGCGCAGAUCCGCCGAUUCAAAAUCAAGUGACGUUUACGUGUCAGUAGGCAAUUGGAUUUUGAAAAAUCGUAUCGCGAUUCAAUUGGUGCCUCCCACACUAAGCUGGGUCACUUCUGACCCGAUUCUUAAAGAUCUCAACCCGAAGUCCGCGGAAAAUUGCAAGUUUUUUAAAGGCCACGUCCAGCGGACUAGUUCCCAAACUAUAAUGACUAUUUGCGACGAGCAUUUUUACAUCAUCCUAUUGUUCAACGAGAGCACGUUCACUCUCCAGCCGACGGCGAACGGCAGCCACCUUCUCCAAGAAAUAAAGCCCCCAAAAGUUAAAAGACAGGAUUCAAAUUUCCACAACAGUUUUAUUGAUCUGACCGAUGACACUUUCGAUCUCUACCAAGACAUCGGUCCAACUAAUGUUCAAAAAGAGCCUGGUCCAAGAGAUUUUAUUACAGAUGGAGAUGAGCAAUCAAACUUGACCAACCCGCUGCUAAUGAAGUACAAAUAUCUGAAGAGACCUGUUGUAGGUGACACAAAGACAUCACCAGCACAAUGGCUCGAGCUUGGAGUCGCUGUUGAUUACUCGGUGAUAGACUUUCACGGCGAGCGGGUACAGCAAUAUAUUUUUGCUCUACUAAACAUCGUCAGUGCGAUCUACAGCCACCCGUCCCUUGAAGCAAAUCUUACUCUCGUAAUUCUGAGGAUUAUUUUUUACGUUGAUAAAAAAGAUUCAAUGAUUCGUCAGGGUAAUGCCCGAAAGUCAUUGGAGAAUGUCAACAGGUGGAACCGGCGGAUCCUUUUAUCAACAAAUAAAGCUCACGACGUGGCAAUUUGGUUGACGAGAUUAGACAUCGGUGGCCCGUCUGGGUACGCUCCAGUCUCGGGCGUCUGUGAUCCAGCGAGAUCAUGUGCGCUGAACCGUGACGAAGGUUUGACAAGUGCUUUUAUCAUCGCUCACGAGCUGGCUCAUAUCUUAGGGCUUACCCAUGAUGGAGGCCAAGCCGUCGAUAAUUCUUGUGCCCACGAAACCACUGGCAGUGUCAUGGCACCUGUUGUCGCUGCUACUUUUCAUCAGUUCCAUUGGUCUUUUUGCUCAAGAAAAGAAUUUCAUUAUCAUUCCAGACAAUGGACAUGUUUAAAUAAUUACCCAGACGUAAAUAAUGCGACGUAUUUAAAAUCAUUUCCUGAUAAAUUUACAAUGGACGAGCAGUGUCGCAUGGAAUUUGGCGAAGGCUACGAGCUUUGUAAGCGCCUUGAUUUAACGGGUCUCUGUGCUCACCUGUGGUGUGCUCACAAGGAUGUUAAUAAAGUAUGCAAAACAAAGAAAGGACCUCCUCUAGACGGAACACCAUGUGGUAAAAACAAAUGGUGUGUUAAAGGAUACUGCCAAUCAAUAAGAGAGAAUAAUUUCCAAUUAGCUUUACUACAAAAAAAUAUUUCAAUAAACGGGGGCUGGAGUCCUUGGUCCCAAGGAAAAUGCUCAGCAACCUGUGGCCUAGGAGUAAUUGUUCGCUAUCGCUAUUGCAAUAAUCCCAUACCGUUCGGUGGAAAAGAUUGCGAAGGCCCCAACAAAGAGUUCAUUAUCUGCGACCAACAAGACUGCCCGCAAAAAAGCGACCUGCGACAAGAACAAUGUGCGCGGCAAAAUAUGGGUCUAGGAAAAUUACGCAUGACUUGGCUGCCCCAUUACAUAGAAGACGAUAAACUAAAGUGCCGGCUGAUAUGCAGAAAUGCCGGUACCGGGAGCAUUUACAUUAGCAGCGAGUUUGUGUCCGACGGCGCGCCCUGUUCCUACAACUCGACAGACAUUUGCAUUAAAGGAAAAUGCUAUUCAAUGGGCUGCGAUCGGGUCUUGUCCUCGGAAAAACGGCUCGACGCCUGUGGAAACUGCGACGGAGAUAAUUCAACUUGCGCCUCUAUCAGUAACAACUUUCAGCGUAAAAUUCGCCAAACUUCCACACGUGUGGCAGUUGUACCUGAAGGCUCCUAUGACAUAUCUGUUGAUUUGAAAAUUAUUUCAAUUGGGAAUCAAACUGUAAAACUUAUAUUUCGUGAUGGUAAACGGAAACGACAUGAUGUUCACUUCUUUUUCUAUGACGGAGUCAGUGAAUCAAUUAUUAUUGUUGAGGGAACGGGAUUUACAAUUAAGAAAACUGGUAAUUUGGUUAAAAUUAGUGGACGUGGUCCGACUUUGGCUCCAGUGACGAUAUCGGUGAAGGUCCCGGGGGACUAUAAAAGUAGGGGAGGGGUGGUUUUGAUAAGCUUCCGUUAUACGAUUGAUCGUAAAAAAGAAGAAACGAGUGACAAGUACUCGUGGUUUUUAGGAGGAUGGAGUCCCUGCUCGGUAUCUUGCGGCGGGGGGGUCCGUUACCGGACUGUCGCCUGCAAAAAUGAACAAACUGGUCGUAUUGUUAACAAAAAAAAGUGCUCGUUGAUAAUGAAACCCGUGCAGCAGAUGGACAAGUGUAAUAGCAUUAGUUGCCAGUUUAAGUGGAUCACUGGUCCGUGGGAGAGCUGUUCAAAGAGCUGCGGAUCGACAGGUGUCCAGCUGAGGCAAGUUUAUUGUGUUCAUUCAUCAUUUCCCGAUAAUGAGGUUACCAAUGAAAAUAAACAGCUGGUGUAUCGGGCAAUGAUGUCCCAUGGUAGUUGCGCAGAGUAUCAAGCGCCGGUAAAUAAACAAAACUGCAAUAGGUUUUCUUGCCAAGGCUAUUUCAUCGACGCUAACUGGUCCGCGUGUUUACAAGCUUGUGGUCAUGGUCCGCAGUCACGAGCUCGUUGUGUACGAGAAAAAGAUUUGUUUGAUUGCCGUCAUAAUAGUCUUCCGAAUGAAUUACAGGCUUGUCAAGAUAAACUCCAUGAUAGCAAUAACAGCAGUAAAAAUAAAAAUAAUAAUAACUGUAAAAAAUUAUGUAGUAAAGAUAAAAGUCGCUACUGUAUUAGAUCCAGAAAAAAAACUUGUGCUCCCAGAAACUGUUGUCGAGUGUGUUCACAUUAA